AUGAGGGAGACUGAUUCCUCUUCACCUGAUAUUGUUGCUGGGAGGGAAGGUGACAAAAGCCCAAUCCUAGAGCGUUUAUUGGCUUCCAGGGAGGAAUAUGUUUCAAUCAUCUCAAUAGUUGGAAUGGGUGGAUUGGGGAAAACCACACUUGCUCAGCUCAUAUUCAAUGAUGAGAAAGUUAAAUCACAUUUUGAAUUAAAGAUGUGGGUUUGUGUUACAGAUACUUUUGAGCUCAAAACAAUUGUUAAAAAGAUCUUAGAAUCUGCAACUAAAAGAAAGCCGGAAAAUGAUUUGUGGACUGAAAAUCGUGAAAAUUCGGAUAAUCUAAAGAUAUUGUUAAUGAGAGGUGCAAUGGGAAUGAUAAAAAUUGGAAAGGAGAUUUUAGAGAAAUUUGUUGUGGUUCCUCUGGCAAUAAAGUCGAUAGGAAGCCUAUUAUACUUUAAAGAUCCAGAAACUGAGUGGUUGCAUUUUAUGGAGAAUGAACUUUCAACAUUAGUGCCUCAACAUGAAAACUAUAUUUUACAAGCACUAAAAUUGAGCUAUGAUCAUCUGCCAUUGCAUUUGAAGCAGUGUUUUGCAUAUUUUAGCUUAUUUCCAAAAGAUUAUAAUAUUAAAGUAGAAACACUGAUUCAAAUGUGGAUAGCACAAGGAUUUGUGAGCUCACCUUCUUCUAGCCAAUGUCUUGAAGAUAUCAGCUGUGGGUAUUUUAAAGAAUUCUUUUGGAGCUCCUUUUUUCGAGAUGUGGAAAAGGGUGGAAGGGGAAAUGUAGAGAGCUGCAAAAUGCAUGACUUGAUGCAUGAUCUAGCAAAAUUAAUGGCAGGGAUGGAGACUACAAUAUUAUCAAAAUGGAAAGGUGAACCAAUUGGUGAAAAAACUCGGCAUGUAUCAUUUCAUCUUGAUACACAUAGACCUCUCAUGGCAAGUUCCAACAUCCUUGCUCAAAGUAAGAAAAGUCCGCACAUUUCUAGUCCAAACUGA